AAAAAGACAUUCACAUUUUCCACUGAAGAAACUUAAAUCAAUCAACAUCCCAAAUCUCUCUCUCUCUCUGAAAGUCUUCCCACACUGUUAAAAAAAAAUGAUGAGCGGCGGAGGUAACGGAGGUAACGGAGGAGACGCGGAACGCUGGCUAGUCACGGCGCAGAAGCUCCUCCUAUCCGGCGACCUAAACGGCUCAAAAACCUACGCGAUCCGCGCAUGCGAGGCCGACCACUCCCUCGUAGAUCCCGCCGAGCUAAUCCUCGCCGUCGCCGACACUCUCAUCGCCGGCGAAUCUCGCAUCCGUUCCGAUCUCCCCGACUGGUACGCCGUCCUCCGCCUCGUCCGCCUCACUCACAACCCCGAGCUCGUCGCCACUCAGUACAGCCGCCUCGCCGUCCUCCUCAACCCUAGCCGCAACCGUUUCCCUUACUCCGAUCAGGCCUUCCGCCUCAUCUCCGACGCCUGGUACGUCCUCUCGGACCCUUCUAGGAAGGCACUGUACGAUCGGGAGGUUCAUCUGAGUCAGUUUGGGCAGUUAGGUCAGUUAGGGUUUCAGCUUUUGAACCAGCCGCCACAGUCUCCUCAUCAUGAGGAGUCUCCUCAGCAUCAAACGGUGUCGUAUCAUAACCAGAAUCAAAAUCAAUUGCCGUUUCAGCUUCACCAACAGUCGCAUUUUGCUCAGCCUAGUCAGCAGCAAGUGAUGCCGUUGCAGCAACAGUUUGGUGGUCACGAGAGUGAGAUGAUAAGGAGUGGUGGUUCGAGUAGUAGUAGCGGUAGAGACUGGAGACUUCCUGUGGAGGAAGAGAGGUCUAUCAACUUGAACUCUGCGACGGAGAGGGUGCAGCCUAGUCGUCGUUUUCAUGAUCACGAUCGGUCUUAUGAGGAGGCUUCAUCGUCUCACAGGGCGGCGGCGCCUCCUCCUUCGACUGAUCUCACUUGGUCGUCUAAACCUACUCCGACGUCUGAGCCUAUAGCUUUGCAAUCUUCUGGUCAGUUUCAGCCACCUAGGUCGUCUAAUCAAGCUGCUCAACUCUCGCUGUUGUCUUUGGUUUCUGAUCAACCUUCUGUAUCUCAGCCGAACCGCUCGAAUCAGACACAGACACAUUCGGUGUCUAAGCCGCAGCCUGUUUCUAAGCUUUUCCCAAUGUCUCAGCCGUCUUCUAACCCUCUUGCAGGGACGGGUCUUCGUGAGGCACCGAGGCCUUUUGCUGUGUCAAAGCAACCACCUACCUCUAAGCCCUUCUCUGGGUCUCAGUCUUCGUCGCAAAAGUCUAAGCCUUUUGCUGUCUCUCAGCCUCCAACGACCUCUAAGCCAUCUUCUGUGUCUCAACGAUCAUUGAACUCUAACCCCUUUCCCGUGACUGAGCCGCCGCCGCAGCGGAACUCUAACCCUUUUCCGGUGUCUGAGCCGCCGCAGCAGCGGAGCUCUAACCCAUUUCCAGUUUCACAGCCAACACCAAACACUAAGGCAUCGGCAGUAUCUCAACCACCACAGACAUCAUCUAACCCAUUCCGGGUAUCUCAGCCUAAGCCACAGCCACCACCGACCUCUAGGCCAAUCCAGGUAUCUCAGCCUCAGCCACAGCCACCACCGGCCUCAUCUAACCCAUUUCUGGUAUCUCAGCCAACCACAGCUUCUAAGCCGUUGCCGGUAUCUCAGCAGCCUUCAACUUCUACGCCAAUGCCGGUGACUCAGACACCACCACAUCAUGCAUUUCAAUCAACCAGUCACUCUCAGCCACCUGUAGCCUCUGGAGGUCCCUCUCCGCUGCCUCCUAUCUUCAAUUCAACUCAGUCAUUCCAACCACAACCGGUCUCUGCCUCCACAACUCCACCUCCGGCUCCAUCGGUCUCCACUACUCCUUCUCCGAUUCCAGUGGUCUCUACUAAUCCAUCCCCUCCGCAGCCAACGGGGGUCACUAACCAAACCCAACGUACUGAUCAGACUCCGAGUUCAGAUUCUAACCAGAAGGUUCCAAGUUUCUGGACGACUUGUCCAUACUGCUUCGUGCUUUUCGAGUAUCCCAACAUGUACGAGGAAAGCGUGCUUAAAUGUCAAACUAAGAGCUGCAGGAGAGCUUUCCAGGCGGUGAAAGUUCCAUCUCCACCACCAGUUGAUGAAGAAGAAGAUAGUUACUAUUGCUGUUGGGGUUUCUAUCCAAUAGGAUUCACAGAGACGGCUAAGAUCCCACCAGUCCAUGACUUACCAAGAGGAUUCCCAGUCCAUGGUUUACACAACAGAUCAGGAUUCACAGAGGCCACUAAGAUCCCAGUCUAUGAUAUACCCAGAACUGCACCUAAAAAAGCCUCUCGGAAGGUUUAUUAUAAUGAAGACGAAGAUGAUGAUGAAUACAUAGAUUCUGAUCCUAGUGAGGACGAAGAUGAUGAUGAUGACGACGAUGACUGGCACGUGAGUGGAACUAAAAGAAGAAAGAGUGUGAAGCAGAGUAAGCAGAAAGCGUCAACAAAACCGAGACUUGGAAAGCCUCGGAAAGUAAUCGUAGUUGAUUGAAUCAAAAAAAGGUUUCUGAAUGGAGAAGUAAGGCUCCUUUCUCUCUCUUUCUUUGUUUCUUGGCCAUGUUGUUGUAGUAGUGUUAGCUUAAUAUUUACUUGCUUCCGCAGCUUUUUUUGUAUCUUAAUGUUGUCUUUUCUCGCGGCUGUGAUUGGUCUUUUUGACCUAUUCAACAUGGUUAAGUUUGGAAGCAACGGUGCAGUAAUUUGUAAUGUUUUUUGGUUGUCUCUCUUUUUGGAUUAGUAGUUUUUGGCUGUA